GAUGCAAAUGGCGCGCAGUGAUGACGACACCCGGCCGGAAGUGAAGGAGAAUUCCAGAAAGAGCGGCGGCACAAACACACACUGAACUCCUGCGACAACAAUCCGAAUAAUCACAGCAAUAAUACCGACACACACCGCAUUACAGCGGAAACACAACCGAGCGACACACACCGCAUUACAGCGGAAACACAACCGAGCGACUCACGCCACAACCGACCAUGACGACCAUCGACUACAGUGUGUGGGAUCAUAUCGAGGUGUCCGACGAUGAGGACGACACACACCCGAACAUCGACACACCGAGUCUGUUCCGCUGGAGACACCAGGCGCGGGUGGAGCGGAUGGAGGCGUUCACACAGAAGGGUGUGGAGCUGGAGAAGAGCCUGAUGGAGAGCCGGAGGAGGCUGGCGGAGGCGCAGCGGCGGGUGCAGGAGCUCAGCUCCUCCUCCUCCUCCACUGAGCUGAGCCGUGCACAGGCCGAGGAGAAGCAGCUGAAGAAGGAGGAGCGCAGCCUGCAGAGGAAGAUGGAGGAGCACCGGGCAGAGGAGAAGAAGAUGCCCUGGAACGUGGACACACUCAGCAGAGAGGGCUUCAGCAAGAGUGUGGUGAACGUGAAGCCGGAGCAGAAGCAGGAGACGGAGGAGGAGAAGGAGGAGAAACACAAGACCUUCGUGGAGAAACACGAGAAACAGAUCAAACACUUCGGGAUGCUGCGGCGCUGGGACGACUCACAGAAGUACCUGUCUGAUAAUCCUCACCUGGUCUGUGAAGAAACGGCAAAUUACCUGGUGAUCAUGUGCAUCGACCUGGAGGUGGAGGAGGUACGUGUGUGCUUCCGCCAGUUCUUCACCAAAAUCAAGACGGCCGAUCAGCAGUAUCAGGACGCGUUUAACGAUGAGCUGGAGUCGUUUAAGGAGCGCGUUCGCGGACGAGCGAAGAUCCGCAUCGAGAAGGCCAUGAAGGAGUACGAGGAGGAGGAGCGGCAGAAGAGGCUGGGGCCUGGAGGACUGGAUCCAGCGGAGGUGUACGACACACUGCCGGCGGAGGCUAAGCUCCACAUGAAGCGCUGCAUUGACUCUGGUCUGUGGGUGCCGAACGCUCGCGCUGAUGAAGACGGAGAUAAAGAGGAGGCGCAGUAUGAGGAGCUGCAGAAGGAGGAGCAGUGACCCCUGACCCCGCCCCUUAACCUCUGACCCCGCUGAAGCCGAUUCACCAGUUUGAACAGUGAUGAUGAUGGAAACCCUGAACACACCCCCUGACUGACUGACCCACCCCCUGAACACACACACACACACACACACACACACACACACACACACUUACUGACCCUCCUCUGCUGAUCUCCUCGUCUUCUCCUUUGCUCCUGGUCCUCCUGCAGGUGUGUGUUUGCGCUCGCGCUCCUCAGUGUUAGAUGAGUUUUCCUGAUCUGUGUUUCUCUGUUAGUGCUGAUAUUAAUAAACUGGGCUGAUGGA